GUUAGGUUCUAUAAUGUCGGGAUAGUAAUCCAGUGAAGCAAGGUGCAGCCGAAGUGAAUAAGGAUAUUUCUAUCUUCCUCUCUAUUUUGCACCGGAAAGAAAGAGUUGACAGGAGGGACAAGAAGAUAAAAGGAAAGAUCAAUUCCUUUAACAGUAGUACCCUCAAAUCUUUCUCCCUCGCUCUCCUUCAAAUCCCAAUUCGCCAAAUGAACUUCUCCUCUUCAACCAGUGUUUGUAGUUGCUACUCUGUGGGCUGGAAAUCGUCUAGCUUGUUCGUACAACAAGGGUUUCUCUCUAACGCCCAAAAUGGGGUUUUCCUCUCUCGUAAACCCAAAGAAAUCACUUAUUACAAAUACCCUCGGGUCUCCUCUUCCGCAUCUUCUGAUCCUCUUUUGGUCAGGGCGGCAAGAAGAGAGCCUGUAAAUCGCCCUCCAGCAUGGAUGAUGCGUCAGGCAGGAAGGUAUAUGGCUGUUUACAGAAAGCUUGCAGAGAAAUACCCAUCCUUCAGAGAGAGGUCAGAGACAACUGAUCUUAUUGUGGAAAUUUCUUUGCAGCCUUGGGAGGCUUUCAAUCCUGAUGGGGUUAUUAUUUUCUCUGACAUACUUACCCCUCUAGCGGCAUUUGGUAUCCCAUUUGACAUAGAAGAGGUGAGGGGCCCGGUUAUCCAUGCUCCAAUACGUUCUGAGGAGGGUUUGAAAGCAUUGCAUCCAAUUGACUUGGAGAAAUUACAUUUCGUGGGAGAAUCCCUUAGAAUUUUGCGCCAUGAGGUUGGGGAGCGAGCUGCAGUUCUGGGUUUUGUGGGAGCUCCCUGGACAAUUGCUACAUACAUAGUAGAAGGGUGUACAACCCGCACAUAUACGACCAUAAAGAGCAUAUGCCACACUGCACCCCAUGUAUUGAGGGCUCUUCUCUCGCAUUUAGUACAGGCGAUAUCUGAGUAUAUUGUUUUUCAAGUGGAGUCUGGAGCUCAUUGUAUACAAAUAUUUGAUUCAUGGGGAGGACAACUACCACCUGACAUGUGGGAGCGCUGGUCAAAGCCCUAUAUUGUUGAGAUUGUGAGUAUAGUAAGGAAAAAGUGCCCUAAAACACCACUUGUUCUCUACAUUAAUGGAAAUGGCGGUCUUCUUGAACGGAUGAAAGAAACUGGAGUCGAUGUGAUUGGGCUAGACUGGACAGUGGAUAUGGAAGAUGCAAAGAAGCAAUUGGGAAAUGAUAUAAGUGUCCAGGGAAAUGUGGACCCUGCUUAUUUAUUUUCUCCUCUUCCUGCUUUGACGGAUGAAAUUGAAAGGGUUGUGAAGUGUGCAGGACCGAGGGGUCACAUACUCAAUCUGGGCCAUGGUGUUCUUGUUGGCACACCUGAGGAAGCAGUCGCUCAUUUCUUUGACAUUGCAAGAAACUUAAAGUUUGAUCCUCCUGUUGAAGAUCAUGCACUGGGAGAAGCUAAAUUGGUAGUUUAAAGAAGCCAUUAGAAAUUUGAUACACAUUUGGAAGAUCCUGCUUUGAGAACCUAAAUUGGUGGCUUGAAAACAACGUUUUGGCUGGGUACGAGAUGUUGAUUCUGUUGUAUAUGGAGGCUGUUAAUUUCAUGCUCUAACUAACCCCCUCCCCAACCACAAAUAGAGAUUUUUUGCUAGGUUAUUUGAAGCUUUGAGGUCCUCCACAUUCUUUGGGUGAGAUACCUAGUUCUGUUCAAUUGUCUUUAUUCGAGAUGAAUCAAUAGAUUGCUUGUUCCUUUUUUUAUAUACUUGCGUCUUCAUGGUACAUUGAUUUAUGGGUGAUUAUUAUGUGGGUAAGAUUGCCAAAUUAAUGGUGG